AUGACUAAGAUUAGGAAGAUCUUCACCUUUCUGCUAAGGCUGCUAGCUUUGGCUUCAACUCUGUCUGCCACCAUAGUUAUGGUCACAAGCCAUGACUCUACCAAUGUCUUGAACUUUACAUUCAAAGCCAAAUACAGCAAUUCGCCUGCUUUCAUGUACUUUGUGAUUGUGGAAGCAAUUGUAAGUGGAUACAACCUUAUGAUUCUGUUUCUUGCUUUGAAGGGUUCGCUUUGGCGCAUGGUCAUCAUUCUAGAUGUGGUUGUGGCUUUGUUACUUACUUCAAGCAUGUCAGCAGCCUUGGCAAUAGCUCAAGUGGGCAAGAAAGGGAACACUCAUGCUGGCUGGCUGCCCAUCUGUGGACAAGUCCACAAGUUCUGCAAUCAUGUAACAGGAGCUCUUGUUGCUGGCAUCAUUGCAGCAGCAUUAUAUUUUCUGCUAAUUCUCUACACUCUUUACACUGUUCUCAAUCCUCUGUUUGUUGUAAAACCUUAA